AGCCAGCACCAGCAGCGCGCCAAGGCAAAGGCUUUCGCAUCAAUAACGAAAGUAGGACCCCGGGAGUGCGCAUGCUCGGCUUCCCACCAGCUGCCUCUCGUAGGCUGGCGAGCGCGAGCGAGGCUUUUCUCCUCCGCUCCCCCCCACCAGUCGUAUUCUAGCCUCCGUCUCGGAAAGUUCCGCUCUGAUGCUCCCACGUGACCUGCAGACCAAAACCCGGGAACAGCCCGCCCCGAGUGAACUCAACACCCAUCGACUUUCUUUGCAGAGACAAGAUCCCGUAACCUCAGAAUACAACUCAAGGCGCCUUUUCUGUCGGGUUCGCCAGGCUCUUGGUCCUGCGCUGGAGAAUGAUCAUAACAACAAUAGGGAGGGCCAAGAUUGCUCCACUUGGAAUGAAGAUGAAGAUGUCGAUUCUUCCAAGAACUUCUGGAUGGAUCAUCCCAUCCCAGAGGACUGCAGUAUUACAGUUGGAAGCUUCCUGGAUCCAUGCAAGAUUGAACAUGGCAGCAAGAGGUUGUCUAGGAAAAAAUCUCCUGGGUUUGGAAAGAGUGAAAGAACCCAGCUAUGGGAAGCAUUGGACAACCUUGGGAAGGGCUUUGAAUCCAUGAAUUUGACUGGAACAAGUCUGCAGCAUGUGGCUCCAGUCUGCUCAGAUGUGGAAAGAAUGAUGAAAGGAGCUGAGCAAACACAUCUGGAUGGCCUCUCCAUGAGCAGAAGACUGAGGGAAAUAGAAGUGACAAAGUUGAGGCAUCAGUUGGGUAUCUUGAAGUUGGGAUUAGAAGAUAUAGCUCAAGAUUCCCUACUGGGCCUGGGCCUUCAGGUAGAGGAAGCUGUGAAAAGAAGCAAGAUGAGGCUAGACCUCUUAUGCAAGCAAGUUGAAAGCUGGAAAAUGUAUCAGAUGAAGAAGGGUCACAGGGAUGCUCUUCUCAGGACAAGGGGCAUUUUACGGGAUGCCAAAAUUGCCAGACUUCGAUCACUACGGAAUGAUCAUGGUGCCUUUGAGGGACAAGUGAAAAAGAGUGCUAAAUGUGAUGAUCAGGUGGUGCUGAGGGAAUUCAGAGAAAGAGGGAAUAGAGAAAGAGAGAUACAAAGAGACAAAAUUAGAGACAAGAAACUGCUUCAGUGUGAGGGUACCAAGACUGUGGCUCAACAGCUGCAUGAAUUCAACUACAUGUAUCCUUUACUCAUUGAAUAUCUGGGAAUACCCUAG